AUGGUCUUUACUUCCGCACCAUGGUGCCGCGACCUAGUUGUCUCCCUCCCGGAGACACAGCUGGUAGGCGACUUCGUGCUUGAAGGCGUCGGCGAAAAGUUCGAGGGGAAGCCUAUACUAGUCUGUGCCCAGACUGGGAGAUCAUAUACCAUCCAGGAUCUCGAGUAUCGCGUCACCAUGUUGGCACGAAGCCUAGCACAAGUGUUGGGAUGGAACCCAAAUGAAGGUUCUCCAGAGAAUAAAGUCGUAGGAAUCUUAGCCUUGAACGCGAUGGAUUUUGUACCUCUCUCAUGGGCGGUUCACCGCAUCGGCGGCACAUGUCUCCUCCUGUACCCCACGUCCUCGGCUAUCGAGAUUCAGACCCUGAUGCGCAAAGCCAACUGCCACGCACUCUUCACUUGUCGCAAACUGCAGCCUAUCUGUGAAGCGGUGUUUACAGCUUUGAACGAAGAUCCGGCGCGAUUGUUUCUGCUCGAAUUGGCUGGCGACGAUGCCACACCGGCAGCCCUGAAGACCAUCUCCCAAUUGAUUGCGGAUGGGGAGCACCUGCCGGCAUUAGAGCCUCUGGCCCUCCAGGCUGGGGGGACCCAAGAUCGCGUCGCUUAUCUCUGCCCGACGAGCGGCACCUCCGGGUACCAGAAAUUGGCGCAAAUCACACAUGCGAGUGCGAUUGCCAAUGUCGUCCAGGCCAUCACACUGGAAACUUAUGCUACCGGGCUCAAGAGCCAGGUCAUCCUGGGGGUCCUUCCUUUGAGCCACGCCUAUGGCCUGAUCUUGCUGCACGUGCUGAUAUGCCGUCGCGAUACAACUAUUCUGCACGCGAGCUUCGACAUGCAGGCUGCGCUGCGGACCAUCCAACAGUAUCGGAUCGAGCGAUUAUACUUGGUUCCCGCGAUCGUGGCGGCCUUGGUCAACAACCCGAUCUUAUUCAAGAUGGCCGAUCUGUCGUCCGUGCAGACGGUGGUAUGUGGGUCCGCGCCCUUGAGUGCCGACAUGAUGCACGCCUUGAAACAAAUUCGCCCCGAUUGGGAUUUACUCCCUGGUUACGGAUUGACCGAAGCAGCGGUGGGUGUCUCAUGUACCAGUCAACACAGCAUCUUCCCUGGCUCUGUGGGAAGCUUGUUACCGCGGGUGCAGGUGCGGCUGCUCGAUGCCGAUGGAGCCGAGAUCCAGGACUACGACGUGGCCGGCGACCUGUAUUUGCGAUCACCCAGUGUCAUGAAGGGCUAUCUCGGGGAAAAGGAGGCGGAUUCCCACGCAUUCGACCAGGACGGGUGGCUGGUGACGGGCGAUGUAGCGUGCAUUAGGCGCAACACUGACGGCGAGGAACAUCUGUUUAUCGUGGAUCGGAAGAAGGAUAUCAUGAAGGUCAAGGGCAUCCAGGUGGCGCCGGUUGAGAUUGAAGCCCAGCUGUUGAACCACCCAGCAGUGGACGAGGCCGCAGUAUUUGGCGUGCAGCACGACGAGGCCGGCGAACGCCCAUUCGCAUUUGUGGUGCGCUCACGUCAGGUGGACACCGAGAUGGACGAGCAGACACUCCGAGAGGCCCUCGCCGCACACAUUCAAAAUACCCUGAGUGAGCCAUUCUGGCUUAGGGAGAAUAUCCGGUUCCUGGAGGCGAUCCCCAAAAGCCACAGCGGCAAGGCUCUGAAAUUCAAGCUGAAAGAGUUGGUUUAA